UUUCAUGUGGAGAGCCAGGUGAAUUAAGCACUAGGUGUGUAUGGCUAGAAUGGUGCGUAUAUAUGUGAAUCACUGAAUGUGUGUAUACACCUGUGCUUGUAUUUAUGUAUUUUAUGUGUAAUUACACUCGUGGACAAUUAAGUUCCAGUAUGCAGUAUUUUAUUUAACCAGGUGAGAACCCAAAGAGACCAGGUUGAAUCUAAUUUGCAAGGGUGACCUGGGUCACCAAAAGGACAAAAGCCAGAACAAAGCAAAGAAGACGUAAAAGCAAUCGGAACAAAACACACAAGGGUUUGAAAAUAAUUCAACUAGAAAUGAACGUUAAAUACCAAAGCUAAAUAUAAAAUCCCUGCAGCGCAAAUCGUAUCUGGUAGGUUACUUCCAGAGUCAUCAUAGCACAAGUUACAAAUCUAAGGUACAGAAAAAAAUAAACAGAGGUUUGCAAUAUCAAGUAAACAAAGAUAUAUCACUAAAGCAAUUCCAAGUGAAGUGUCAUAAAUAAUCGACUGAAAUAUUUCCCUGUAAAUAAAGCACCUGCAAAACUCCACCUGUGUUGGCACAGCAUUAUGUUCAACCGUAACGGUGGAAUAACAUGGAGCGACUGCUCGAACGUAAUUUGUACAGAAUGGGGGCACCUCUGUAGAUAAGAGCACGAACCAAAUCACCUGAAGAUGAAGCACCUGUGCCGACAGCACCUGCAACAGAGGGCGGUUUCUCGUCUGCUUAUUUAGACGGGGGCACGUGUCCCAAUUACAUGCGAGCACAAGGCACGUGCCCCACCCUCUCUCUCUGUGCCAGCACAGAAAGACGGCACACGGUUGUCGGUGCCAUCAUAUCAGCACCGAACUGCACGACACACGUGAGACGCCAGUGCGCCCUGUGCAAAAAGAAGACGACCAUCCCCCCCUCCUCCUCCUCCCCAACACGCAGCGAAGAAGAGGUAGUCAUGAGCACGGCCUCCAGUGACGUCAACGCGACCUCUUCGCGUGCAGCUGGGGCCACGGACGCGUGCCUGCUGAUGGUGGGCAGACUCGGGUGGUGUCAGGAGGUGGCGUGGCGCGUGCAGAACGCGCUGCCGCUCGGGACGCAGUCGCCUCGGCUGGAGUGGAGCGAGGCUCUGGGAGCACCGCAACUGUGCGCCCGCCACCCCUUCGCUCUGCUGCUGCUGGAGCUGGCGUCGCGGGGACAGGCGCGCCACGCCGCGCUCCACGUGUCCUGCUUCGUCAGAUAUGACAGCAAGAUAAACGAGAAGACACCAAUUAUUGCAGUUCAAAGGUCAAAUUGUACAGAGAAUUUGUCUGCAUUCGGCAUUGAUGACACCGUUGAGUGUCCAUUAACGCAGCAGGCAAUACAGAGGAUCCUCACAAAGUGGACCUCGCUUGCGCUAUGGGAUAGCUUCCAGCAAAUCCCUCCGGCUAUCCAAAACACUGGCCCCAGCCAAGGCAACUCCACGGAUAACAAAUCGAUAAGAAUGACAACUCCACAACAGCCAAGCUUGGAAGGGGUUUGCAAGGCCACGAAGGAAGGUGGUGGUGUUCAGGAUUCUGGACAGACCCAGGUUGUGCUGGAGAAAGCUCGGGCUGAUCUGGUAGUGCGGGCAUACUGCAAGCACAGCACUGCCCUGGUCAGGCACUCGGUGAAGGAGCGCCAACGCAGGGGGCGAAUCAAGCAUUGCUGCCUCAACAUGAACAGCCUGCUGCCUCUGAACCCCAGAAAGAGACCCGAUAUGGCCUCUGUGUUGGAAGCCGCCGUCUCCUACUUGCACCUUGUCCUACCCCUGGUCUCGGCCCAGCACAUGCAGCAGUUUGCUGAUUACCUGCAGAGCAAUAAGAACUACCACCGGGUGAGCAAGCUGCCAAAGGCACAAAAGGACCUGUGGCCCAAGAGCAUUCAUGCACUGCAGCCGGCCCUGCCAUCAAGGGCAGAGAAACCCAGCAAGCAGUUUCCUGGAGGAGCUCAACCUGGUGAUGAGAUGGACGCGAGGCCAAGUCACGAGACUCAAAGUUUGUGUGGUGGUCCUGUGGUAUUGCUGCCUGAGCCACCAAUUGCCCACACUUCAAUGGCCCCACCGCCCUCUCACAGAGACGUCUACAAACCAACCAGCAUCAAGCUAAUUCAGCCAAGACCAAUUAUUCAUCAGACGAUGAAUCCCACGAUGGAAGCAGAGCCAUCGCGUUGGCACUCGCAUCCCAUGCCUUACAAGGCAAGGCCCAUUCCGGGCUCCACCACCUGCACCCACCUCCAAGCAAAACACUUAUCGUACGACUCGGAGGUGUCUGCCUUCGUGCCGGUCUCCUCGGCAGCUCGCAGGGAGUCUACGGCGACUGCGGUGGCGAUGUCAUCGUACGCGCCAUUUCUGCCACGCGACGUUGGGCGCGCAGUGACACCGUCCUGCUUAACAUCUUCAUCGUUGUCCUCCGCCGUUCCUUCGGUCGGUUUUUAUGCCCCGGCACCAAACGAGGUGCUCCGCAUGCAGCGAGAGUCGCCUUUCAAUGUGCAUUUCGGCCUCUCUACCCUGAGACACCUUAAUUCCGCUGGGGCGGUGAGCAUGGAGCCUGCAACCCUGGUACCUGCCUGCUCAUGCAAGCUACACAUCUCUCAGAGCCAGGCAAAUGUGGCCUCUGCGGCGAGAGGAAUCGCUCCACUCGUCUGUGGUCAGAGCUAUGAAACCAUGAACGACUACCAACAGGCAGGGUUGCCUGUCAAGGGGGACGCACGAGGCGAGGGGCCCCUGAACUACACGAUACACAACCUUCAGGUGGGCCCUGGGCUGUCCAGGAUGCCCAGCACAACUCCCCAGCAGCUGCAGUGCCCAGAUGGCUCGUCGUCCAUUCUGCCCACGGGCGGCCACGCCACGCUGCUCGACCCUCAGCGAAGCCAGGGUAGAGGCGGCGGGGCAGGCCCAAGCAGCAGUCACCUAGAGUGGGACCAUGAGGAGUUCAUCAUGAAGCUGCUGUACUCUGAAUGAAAGUGACGUCGAUUUGCCCAGGAGUUCCACGGGGCCAGAGUGGUGAGACUCUGGAUCAGUCAGUGGGCAGGGGUAGUGGCCCUUAUGCAGUACGUCAGGUUGUGUUUAGCCCACAGCUUGUGUGUACUGCGUGGCUGUCCGUCUUAGGCCCAGUGUGCUUUUGUCGGGUGCUACAGUGAAAUAUUAUGAUCCUUUACAUUUAUAGGAAGACGAAACCAAACAACAGCUAUAAAAUUACAGCUAAACACAAUCUUUGUGCUCCAGUGUGUCACUAUGGCAUGACUGUUGUACUGUUAAAUAGUGAUAUUGGUAUAGCACUGGCUGCAUUCCUGAAAGUUACUUUAAAGUUUUUCACCAGUGCAGCUUGGGGAUUCUUGUCAUACAGCCCAAAAAAGACCACAAAAGGCUUUGUAACUAUUUGUUUUUAGGUGGCUUUUUUCUACAUGGGCGAGUUCAUAAACACCGACCGUUUCUUGAAAGCAGAGCGAAGUGACCAAAAACGAGGGUCACUUUGGCCUGUACUGCAGAAUUUGAGCUGCUUUGUUCUGUAAAGGUCACAGGGACUACGAAGGUUGAGUGUCCCUUGACCACCAAAGUAGAUGUUUUUCUUUCUUCUUCGUAUGUAUUUGAAAAGAGGUCUUGUUAUAAUAGAAGAAUGUUUGUUGACUUGAGAGCUGGAUGGUGGGGGCCUUCAAAACCGAAGUUUAACAGUUACUGGAUUCAUUGAGCACUUGACUGAGCACUUGACUGAGUAAUCAUCAUUUGGGGUGGAUGCAGUGGGGGCCUAGGCCACAUUUCUUUUGUUGCGAUUCCAUUUUCUUGUUGAGCAAGUGGCAACACUGUAACAUUUGCAUAAACAAUGUUACAAUUCAUGUUGAUUUGUUUAUUGUAUUGUAUAGAAGCACAGACGAAAUAGUACAGUUUCUAACUUUACCUCAUCAGAAAUCUCAAUAUGUAAUAUUUUUUUUGAAAUUGCCAAAAGCCUUUAAGUGAUGCUGUUACAUGAUUUGUCAAGGAAUGUACAUGUGAUGAUUUUCGCAUCAUGAUAAAAAGGGAAUAUUAACCUCA